GGCUCUUUAAACACACAGAGUGAUGUUACUGUGGGAGGAGACUGAAGGAAGCAGUGUUGUGUGAAGCUAUCUGUUCAGCCGUCCAGAGGACUUGUGGAUGAGAAGUUCACCAUCUUGGUCCAGAACACCCUGUCUGGUUUCCAGCUAUAACAGUUUUUAGUUCAAGAUGGACAGGAAGCAGUGUUGUGUGAAGCUGUCGGUUCAGCCGUCCAGAGGACUUGUGGAUGAGAAGUUCACCAUCUUGGUCCAGAACACCCUGUCUGAUUUCCAGCUAACCAUCCACGCCCUCCAUCAUUCUGAAGAUGGACACACCUGGGAGGCGUUUGCUCACUACACUACCAAUGCCACCGGGACUGUGAACGUUUCAGAGGAUCCCAGUCUGGGCGGGACGUUUUCUGGGGUUGAACCAAUGGGUCUACUGUGGAGCCUCAGAGCAGUUCCAGGCAGCCCACCUGGGAUCAGGAUGCGAAAGGUGAACGUCCAGACUCCCAUUGAGGUCACUAUCUCAGUGUACCAGGGUCAUCAGACUGAGGGCUUUAUGGAUCAGGUACCACUGGCCAGUGUGGUGGUGGAGCGCUGGUACAUGGCGCCUGGUGUCCACAGGAUCCCCAUCACAGAAGGCGGACUCACUGCGACCCUCUUCCUGCCCUCAGGACGGGGACCUUUCCCUGGCCUCUUGGACCUGUGGGGCGGUGAAGGGAAGCUGUUUGAGUACCGUGCAGCGCUGCUGGCCUCACAUGGAUUUGCCUCCUUGGCCUUAGACUACCUGACACCUAAAAUCAUCAUGGAUACCAGGAAAAGGGUGGACAACGAGUACUUUGAGACAGCCUAUAGAGUCCUGGAGCAGCAUCCUCAGGUCCUCAGCAGCAGUAUCGCCAUGUUGGGUCUUUCCCUUGGCGCCAGCAUCACACUCAAAAUGGCUGCUUACUCCCAAGUUAUAAAGCUCAGGUGUGCGGUGUGUAUUAGUGGGAGUCAUGUGCAGCCGGUUGAUGGAACUCUGGAACAAAUGUUUGCUUUCUUUCAUGAAAAUGCUGGAAAGAUUCACAUCAAUGAGGAGAACGAAAUGAUCUGCCGAUAUCUGCUGUUGCCUAUUCCCACUGACCCUGUACUCAAAGUGGACGUGGGACGACUCAAGCGUCCUCUGUUGCUGGUUGUUGGUGAGGACGAUCAGAACUGGCCCGCCUCUGAGUCUGCACAGGACAUUAGGGAGAUGAUGGAGAGGGCGGGAAAUAGCCACCUGCUGACUGUCCUGUCGUACCCGAACGCAGGUCACCUGAUAGAACCUCCAUACACCCCACACGUCCGAGCCAGCACAUUCAAAACAGUUGACACACGUGUGCCAUUUAUGGCUCUGUGGGGCGGAGAGAUGGUGGCACAUUCUCGUGCUCAGGAAGAUGCCUGGAGGAAGACGCUGGUCUUUUUGAGGGAGAAUCUGUAUGGCGGCACAAACCUACUGCAACCGCAAUUUCCCAUCUCUAACAAAGGCGACAACUAAUGAUUAUAUACUUUUGCAAAGAUGCAGACAAAUGUACCCAUGUGAAAAAAGACGUAUUCAGAAUCAAAUUCAGAAGAAGAUACAGAUUCCGCACACUUAUACUGAUGUGUUCAGCCGUCUUAGUGCAUUUUCUUUCAGUGAGAGAUGAAAGUUAACAAUUCAGUCGGAUGUUUAGAAUUGAAAUUAUUAGAAUAGAAAGUGUGUAUAUAUAUAUAUAUAUAUAUAUAUAUAUAUAUGGUACUUGCUGUUUUAAAUAGUAGUUCUACCAUGCACAACCACAAGGCACCAGACGAGCAUGAGGUAGAUUAUGCUGAACAUCAGCAGACACAUUAAACAGGUACAUAUGAGGGAAUUACUAUAAAGGGACAUGCCAGUAAGUGGGAUAGACAGAAGAAAGAAAGAUGCAUUGGGAAAGUCUUUAAAAUUGUAAAGUGUAUGUGUCUUUGUGACAAAUGCUUUUUAUAGUGCUAUAGAAAUGGAAUUACAGCGUUUUACCUGUCUGAAAUUUUAUUGUCUGAAAUUUUUAUAGGCAGAAAUGAUUAUUAUGGAUCCAGACAUCCAAUGGCUACCACAGUCUUGUGUGUGCUGGACCACUGGUUGUUCUGGGAUCUCUCUCUCUCUCUUCUCGUCGAUUUUCCUUUGCUGGAAAAGUGAAGACUCUUUGUGGCUACAAGAGCUUUCUGCCUACUUAAUUUAGAAAAGUUAGUUUAAUCUCCGCUACAUGCUGAGGAGGCUUCAUAACAUUUUUCACCAAAUAGAACUUGUAAUGUCCAUGGUGAGACAUGUCCAAGCAAAGAAUAAUGGCAUUUAGGAAUUAGAAUUUGGCAUUUAGGAUUUAGAAUAGAGCAUUUAGGAUUUAAGAAAGGCUAUUUAGGAUUUAGGAUAGGAGAAUUAGGAUUUAGGAUAGGGCAUUUAGGAUCAUGCAUUUAGGAAUUAGGCUUGUGCAUUGGCAUUUAGGAUUUAGGAUUGGGCAUUGGUAUUUAGGAUUUAGGAUUUAGGAUUGGGCAUUGACAUUUAGGAUUUAGGAUUGGGCAUUGACAUUUAGGAUUUAGGAUUGGGCAUUGACAUUUAGGAUUUAGGAUUGGGCAUUGACAUUUAGGAUUUAGGAUUGGGCAUUGGUAUUUAGGAUUUAGGAUUUAGGAUUGGGCAUUGGUAUUUAGGAUUUAGGAUUGGACAUUGGUAUUAAGGAUUUAGUAAUGGGCAAUUAGAAAUUAGGAUGGGGCAUUUAUGAUUUAGGAAUGGGCAUUUAGGAAUUAGGAUUGGGCAUUGACAUUUAGGAUUUUGGGGGACACCUUGUGCCAAAGGAGCAGUGGAGGAGAUGCAGUUAUGGAUGUUGAUUAACUGUUGUCUGUUGGUGAGGUAGGAGCGGAGCCAGAAGAGUGCAGUGCCAGUAAUAUUGGAGUAGGUUUCCAGUCGGGAAAGAAGAGUGGAGUGGUUGAUGGUGUCAAAGGCUGCAGUGAGGUCGAGCAUGAUUAGGAUGGUGAUGUGACCGGAGGAGGUCAUUGGUUAUUUUGAGGAGGGCUGUUUCAGUGCUGUGUUGUGAGCAAAUCCAGAUUGAAAUGGUUCGAACAGGUUGUUAGUGGUGAGGUGGGUUUGAAUUUGAGCAGCGACAACACGUUCUAGCAUUUUUGAUAGGAAGGGGAGAUUGGUGAUGGGUCGGAAAAUGGACAUGAUGUCGGGGUUGAGACCACGUUUCUCGAGGAUGGGGGGAACAGCUGCAACUUGUGUUGUGGGGACUGAUCCAGAUGUGAGGGAGGAAUUAAUGAUUUUGAUGAUGAGUGGGGUGAUGGAUGGAAGGCAGGUCUUGAUUAUGGAUGAUGGGACUGCAGCUUCAUUUUCUUUUUCAUUCAUUUUGUAACAGUUCUAAAGGGGACAGAGGUGAGAAACAAGGCAGUGACUGAGAGUGGGUCCGGGUGGGGGGGUUGAGGGGACAGGGGAAGUAGUGAAGUUGCUGUAGAUAGUGUCAAUUCUAGAUUGAAAGAAAGACUGGAAGGAGUUGCAUUUGUCCACUGUGAAGGUUGCAAAGAUGUUAUUGGGGAUGUUGAGGAGUUUCUUUAUUGUAGAGAAAAGAAACUUGGGGUUGCUGGAAGUUAUUGUUGUUUCAUUGUACUGCUAAGUGUGUUACUACUUCAUCCUCAUGUAUGUAUAUCUCUCAUUUGUGUACCUGCUUAGCUUACUUGAUUUUUUGUUUAUUUUUAUCGCAAAAUGAUUUCUGACUGUAUGUCUGUAUUGUAUUUCUAUCUUCAGGAACACAGGGCACACCCAGUCUCUACAAAACAAACAAUUAAACAAAAAAAAAAAUUAACAAUUAAACAUGUAUGUAAUGGUAUAUACUGUACUGGUACAUUGUUUUCGAUGAUUUUAUUGGACUUAGCAAUAAUAAACCACAGAACACAA